UAUGUUGCUCUAUCACAUUGCUGGGGUUCCAGCCAGAUUUGCGUCACUAACAGGAGUAACUCGGAACUUAGAAAAGCAGGUAUCCCCUGGGAAAUGAUACCUAAGACCUUCCAAGAUGCUAUCCAGCUUUUCCUCCAGCUUGAUAUAAGAUACAAUUGGAUCGACUCGCUACGCAUCAUACAAGACGACAUAGAGGACUGGAACAUCGAAUUCGCAAAAAUGGCGGACAUUUACCAGCUCACUUCAUUGGUA